GGUUACACGAGAUAAUAGUUCGUAUUGCAAAGUAUUAGGGUCUACAUUGUAAACUCUGUCAAUUACCGAGAGCCGAAAAGAGAGACCCAAAACAUUAAAAUUUCUGCACCCACUCCACCUCAUCAACAUCAUACUUUGGUCGGCCGGGUGCAGAAAUAGCGUAAAUCGUAAAUUCUACUUUUAUGCAACUUAAAAACAACGCGAUAUAUUAAAUAAACAACAAUGCCAAACUGGUCAGCGAUUGGUGCCAUGCUCUUCCCCAACCUUGGGGGCUGGGCUGGAGCACUCACCAUGGUGGGACAGACGAAACAGCCUGACGGCAAGGCCUGGUACCAGACUCUAAAGAAACCAAGCUGGACUCCGCCUAACUGGGUGUUUGGUCCGGCAUGGACUGUGCUGUACACUGGUAUGGGGUAUGCUAGUUAUAUGGUGUACAGGGAUUGUGGUGGCAUGACUGAUAAGGCUAUACUGCCUAUGGCAUUAUAUGGCGGACAGCUUAUAUUCAACUGGACAUGGACACCAGUUUUCUUCAAAAUGCAUUUAGUAGGAUUGGCGUUCUUCCACAUCGCAGCGCUAGACGUGGCGGCGGCGGCCUGCGCCCUCAGUUUUUAUGACGUGAACCCGACCACGGCGUGGUUCAUGCUGCCUUAUCUCGCGUGGCUCGGCUUCGCCACAUCCCUUAAUUAUUCCAUCUGGCAGUUGAAUAAGAAAGAUGAUGAUAAAAAGCUCGGUCCGUUAUAAUAGUAGUGGUAACGAGUCAAUAGCCGGGUCCACACAGAGCGAGCAUACGCGCGAGGCAAUUUCCUCACGCACAACACGGCCAGUGUAGACGUGUCUCGGCCGAGGCGGCGCGCGCGUUUUCCUCGCCCCAGUACGCCGCCGUCGCCGAGUACGUCUACACUGGCCGUGUAUCAAGACUUACAAUAGGUAAUGACAUGACAAAUCGUACCAUCUGUGUAAUGUUCUAGCAAAAUAAAUGAUUCUGAUUGGGUGAAACUGGCGAUAAAUAGUAAAAAUGGCACGACAUAGACGAGCAUCCUAUUUGGUGUAUCUGUAAUUAAUAACUCUAAUAUUGAUCGUGUCAUCCACGAAGACGCGUGCCUUUGUCUCGUAUUCAUGUUAUUUAAGGUUAGAUUUGACAAAUCUGCGCGUCAUCGUUAGUGAUCGGAACUAUGGGAGUAAAACUUUAACAAAACUUAUCAAGCGGACGUAAAAAGAGUGCUUAUAGCCUUAAAAAUAUUCGAAUAUCUAUGAAUGUAAAUAUUUUUAUGGCUGUAAGUACUAUACUAUUCCAAUCCCUAUGGACAUGAAUAUUUUUAGGGCUGUAUGCACUAUUUUAUGUCCGCUUAACAAGUUUUGUUAAAAUUUUACUCCCAUAGUUCCGAUCACUGGUCAUCGUGGAUGACACGAACUAUAAUGUUUAACGCCAAAUAAAUAUUCUAUUCUGUAAACGUUAACUGCUAAGUUACAAAUGAAAGAUAUAAAGUAAUCGUUAAUAAAUUUUAUAUUAUACACAA